GCACGCUCUCUCUCGCAUCGCCUGUUUCUUUUCUAUUGCUUUAUCUGGCUCUGUGUGUCGAGGCACAGCAGCUUCUCUCGCUCUGACAGGAGGCUCGCUUUCCUCCACACAAGCAUCAGUAACUAAGAUGACUGCCAUGACAAUUCAUUGAGAGGAGAGGACGCCAAGUGAAGCAUCAGCCAACCCGCUGAAGAAGGAGAGGAAGGAGUGAUCGGGGGUGAAAAAAGAGAGGAAGAGGAAGAGGAAAAGAAAGAGGGAGGGGCAGGACGAGCGAGGGGGAAAGGGAAGGGGAGAGUAAUCGAGGGAUAAACGGUGGAUGGAGGCGGCUCGGACCGAGGCUACGAGGCGCUCUUCACUGACGAGGAAGAAGAAGAAGAACAGCAGCAGCAGCGGGGGGGAGAGAGGAUGGAGGCUAAAGGCAGAAACAUGCCCCCAGAUAUCAGUUUCCUUCCCCGGCCGGCGAUGUGGUGGUGCGAGCGGGGCAUCCAGGUGCUGCUGACCACCAUGGGAGCGUUCGCGGCAUUCGCCCUCAUGACCGUGGCCAUCGGCACGGACUACUGGCUGUACGCCCGCGCCUUCAUCUGCAACAGCACGGCCAACUCGUCCCAGGAGGAGUCCAACAACAAGGACAAGAAGGACCCCGGGGCGCUCACCCACUCGGGCCUCUGGAGGAUCUGCUGCCUGGAAGGCUUGAAGCGAGGUGUUUGUUCCCAGAUCAACCAUUUCCCCGAUGACGCUGACUACGACCAAGAUGCUGCAGAGUAUCUGCUGCGUGUGGUUCGAGCCUCCAGCAUCUUCCCCAUCCUCAGUGCCAUUCUGCUCCUGCUGGGCGGGGUGUGCGUCGCCGCCAGCGGCUUCUACAAGAGCAAGAGAAACAUCAUCCUCGGUGGAGGGAUUCUCUUUGUAGCUGCAGGCCUCAGCAACAUCAUCGGCGUGAUCGUCUACAUCUCCGCGGCGCUGAGCGACAUCUCUCCAAAGAAAGAUGAGGACAAGAAGUGGCACUACUCCUACGGCUGGUCGUUCUACUUCGGCGGGCUGUCCUUCAUCCUGGCUGAGAUGGUGGGCGUCCUCGCCGUCAACAUCUACAUCGAGAAGAACAAGGAGCUGCGCUGCCGCUCUCGCGCCGACCUCUUCAAGAGCACCACGCACGCCAUGCUGCGCCUGCCCAGCUAUCGGUUCAGACGGCGCUCUCGCUCCAGCUCGCGCUCCACCGACCCGCCGCACUCCCAGGAGACCUCGCCCAUCGGUGCCUCCAAAACCUUCAGCCUGCCGCCCUCGGCCCCGCCCUUCUCCGUGGCCACCCUGCCCAACCCUCACCACACCAGCAGCGGCGGGAGCGGAGGAGGCGGAGACAUCUCCAUGUACACGCUGUCGAGGGACUCCAAGCUGGGCAGCCUGGGAGGUGGCGCCCCGCCGCUCUACGGCACGGUGGACCGCGCCACGCUGUACCAGCUCCACAACUACUUUCCAAAAGAUUCGACCGGCAGUGGAGGGAGUGGAAGCGGAGGAGGAGGAGGAGGAGGAGCGGUGGUCAGCAGCGGUACUCUCCCGUCUCACUCCAAGUCCAACCUGGCGGCGGCAGCGGCUGUAGCCCAGAACGCGGCGCCGCUGAAUACCUCCACCACCGCCGUAGCAGCGGCCCCGGCGGCUCCGAUAUCUACAGCCACCAUGGAAAGGGAAAGGGGCAACGUGGGAACCCUGGACCGACUGACGGCCAAGAGGGACCGGGAUAGCAACUCAGAUACUCUGAACAGGAAAACGACACCGGUUUAGAACCUCGCCGGGAGGGAGGAGUUAGAUAUGUUUGGCGUUAAAGCGAGGAAAAAGUAGGGCUGAAAAUGUGAAGGCGACACAUUGACGGUGAUGUUUCUGUCCUUGAGCCUGGGGGUAUCCAACUACCAUGAGUAAGAACUCUAACAAAUUCACUUGGUGGCCAUUUUCACAUAAAAUAUCUCGGAAAUUGUCAUCGUAUUGGGUAUGCUAACAUGCUAACAAUGCUAACAAAUGUUGACCAACGCUAGCUUAUUGGAGGUUAAAUAUGUUAUUCAACGUUGGCUGGGAGUUCGUCCUGAUUCACGUCCCAUUCCCAAUGUUUGCAUGAACUCCAAAUUCAAAACACAUCUCGGCUACGUCCAAACAAAAUUUGAGUUUCCCGCCAAAAUGGCCACCACAAGAAUAUGUCAUAAACCGUCAUAAAACCGUGAUAUGUGCUUUUUAGUGACAGCUGCCUUAAAGUAGUCGUCCGUCUUCUUACAAGUGCCAAAAUAGUUUGAGUAACCCUGAUUUUUUUUUACAAUAAAACAUCUUUAUUUCCUGUUUUUACUGUUUAGAAUCAACUAAAUUUAUUUAUGUAAUUUACCUGAAUUAAAUUAAAGACGAUUAAAACGGCAAAUUCUGGAACAUUUCUUGCUAAGAAUGUAGCUAGCUUUGACAAAAAUUAGCCUACUCUCUUUGCAAGCAGCACACUUAACUCAAAUAUUAUGCAAGAUGUUCCGAUGAUCAAUGUUGUUAUUGUGAAUUUGGCUGUGUUCAAUAGACUUUUGGGUUUUUUUUGGAUUGACCCAGAAGCCCCAAAUACCGCAUUUCUGUUUCAACUAAACUCAACAGUUUGAAGUGAAAUCCAAAUUUCUGUGGUUUUCUAAACUCUCCAGCUCUUUUAGAAAACAUCAUGAAAUAAAAAGUGUCCAGAUGGUACAUGCCGAGCUUCUCUUUUCCAUUUCUGUUUGAAGAAGAACAGAGAGCCACAGACGGGAACAUUCAGCCAAGAGGCUGCUCAGUGAUGAGUUGACUGCCAACUCCAGGUCAACAGCGGCGCCUUAACCUUGGGUCCCGAGAGAGUGACCUCGGCCAUAUCUUAACCUGCCGACACACACACACACACACACACACACACACACACACACACACACACACCAGGCGAGGCACUGUGAGCCUAUUUAUUUUUCAUUGUGUGUCAAAGGUAAUUACAGUGACAGAUGGGCAUUCCCCGCACAGCCGUAGACUUUGAGCUUCACCCAGAACGCCUCCGUUACACCACCGCCUGCUGUCACCGUUUGGUUAAACUCUGCAACAAAUGUCCGUUAGAACAAAAAACUUAAGAUUGCUUCAGGCUUUCUACAAAUGCGUGAAACCAUCGCUGACGUGUGACCAAAGGGAUGUCGAUUUCUCUUCUUGCUUCUUCAUAACGUUGCGUCUCUUGGUUAAACUGCAACAGAGACUUUGACGGUUCCUGAAGUAAACAUCCCGUUCAGUUCCUCCAUAGCGGAUUUAAUUACUAGCCAUGAUGUCAUCACCAUCACAGGUCGACUGACCACGAGCUACCUGAGCGUGAAACGAUGGUUAACGCUCCUGUUGGAGACACGAGAUCGUCUGAUAUCGACGUCGUUUAAAAAACAACACAGUUUGGGGAAAAGAACUACACUACCCACAAUCAUAGAGUGUAUCAACGACUUCUCUGAUUGGUGGAGCUCGCUGUUACCAUGGCAAUGCUUCCCGCCCCUCUGCGCCGAAUGCGAACCAAAUAGCUUGGCUAGCAGCCUAGCUAGUUAGUUAGCUAACACGACAUGUUCUGCAGCAGUGAAUGUAAUUUAUAUCUUCAACAACCGCCGAGAAAAAUCUGCAGCGCCACUCGCUCGGUUCGUCCUUUCUGUAACCGUGGAAACAUAACCAUAUGAUCACAUAGAUUGGAUGGACGUGCCUGUAAAGAUGGACGUUGUUUUUGUGACGUUAGGAAGCAACAAAAGAAGUUGUUCCAGGGUUUUUAUGAUUGCUUAUGAUAAAUGGAUACCAAAAGGCUUCAAGGCAGACGUUUAUGUCGAGUGUUCCUGCAAAGGGCUGUAACCACGGGCAAC